UUUUAGUGUAAUAAUAACAAUUUUGAUUAAAUAAUAACAAUACUAAUAAUAAUGAUAAUAAUAAUAAUUUCUUUUUUUAGCUUAUCCACAAUGCAAUCGUUUGGUGGUUCAUCCACACACAUUACAUGUUCACAGUUACAAGUCACCAACAUUUUGCGAUUUUUGUGGCGAAUUCUUGUUUGGCCUUGUUAAACAAGGGCUGAAAUGUCAAGGUUGUGGAUUAAACUAUCAUAAACGAUGUGCAUCAAAGAUUCCAAAUAACUGUAGCGGUUCACGGCAACUACGACCAUCUGCUAUCACUCUUUCAUCACGAAGUUCUGUUGGGUAUCAGUCAUCAGUAGCAAAUGUAACUUCAACUUAUUUCAGCUCUUUUUUGUUUAAUUCAUCGUCGCCAACACCGGCAACGUCUGUUACGGUUGAAAAGCCAAUUUCUACAAAGGCCAAUUCUAAUCAGCUAGCAACACCAAAUAUUCUUAUCACACAUACGGAAUCAGAAAUUGGUGACUUUGGUGGCGGAAAUCAAUUGCAAAUGCCACGUAAAGAUCGAAGCUGCAGUUGGAGCGGUAGACCACUGUGGAUGGAAGUUGCAGACGCAAGUAGGGUCAAGGUAACUGAUCUUACAUUUAAGGUACCCCACACCUUCGAAGUUCACUCCUACAAGCGGUUCACUGUUUGUCAGAUAUGUAAGAAGUUGCUCAAAGGUUUCAUUCGUCAGGGUAUGCAAUGCCGAGGUAACCAGUUUCGUCACCUGUAUUUUCUGUAUCUAUUAGCCUGCUUAAGCCAAGUGUAA